CAACCCACCUCCACAACUCGCCCCAGAUAUAGGUGCGGGGGUUUGGUUGUACGAGUGGGCAUAAUGAGGAACACCCCGAAUCCAACUCGGCAGUUCGACCACGACCUUGCGAUUGGAUAAUCUCAGGGACGGAAGCAUGCAUGCGAUGCGUGUUAUUUAAUCUACAUGCGUCAUGUCAUGUCUCCGAACGUCGUGUCUCCUCAUGCCCGACCACUUUAACGACAUUCUCCUUGGCUUCGCUCCUAGAUUAGACGGAAAUAAUCAACAACAGAAAAGGAAAAGAACAGAAACAAAAAUGCCGUCAACAAAACCCCACCGCCGCCUCAAAGAGUUCCCCCGCCUGGCCCCGAGCGGCGUCCGCGUCAUCGUCGUGGGCGCCGGCUUCGGCGGCCUGGCGGCGGCCAUCGAGUGCGACCGCAAGGGCCACCAGGUGACGCUGUUUGAGAAGGCGGCCGACAUCGCCGAGGUCCAGCGCGCCGGCGACAUCAUAUCCUUUGACCCGAACGGGUCGGUCGCCUUUGAGCGCUGGCCGGGCGUCGUCCCGGAGCUGCGCAAGAUCAUGCGCGACACCGACUACCUGGACCUGUUUGACUGGGAGGGCAGGUUCGUCACCCGGCAGAGCUUCAAGCGGGAGAACGAGUGGGGGUUGAGGAUCAAUGGCCACCGGGGCGUCAUCCACUCCAUCAUCUACAACCACGCCGUCGAGAGGGGGAUCGAUAUCAGGCUGGGCUCGAGGGUGACGGAUUAUUUCGAGGACGACGAGGUCGGCGGCAUUGUUGUGAAUGGCGAGGAGAGGUUCACGGCCGAUGUUGUCAUCUCUUCCGAGGGGGUCAGGUCCAGGGGACGAAAAAUCGUCCUGGGGUUUGAGGAUAACCCUCAGUCGUCUGGAUAUGCCGUCUACCGUGCCUGGUUCCCCGCUGAUCGGGUUGCCAACAACGCGACUAUCAGGCACCUCUGCGUAAACGGCGACACGCACCUCGGCUACAUCGGCAAGGACAUCCACUUCCUCGCAUCAUCCAUCGCAUCCGGCACCGAGGUGAACUGGGUCUUUACACACAUCGACGACGGCAACAUCGAAGAGUCGUGGCAGUUCCCCGGCAAAGUAUCCGAAGCGCUCUCCUACCUCGAGGGCUGGUGCCCCUUUGUGCGGGAGCUAGUCGCGGCGACGCCCGACGGCGCCGGCUGCCUGAUCGACCACAAGCUCGUGUACCGGGACCCGCUGCCGACCUUCAUCUCGCCCAAGGCCCGCAUCGCCCUCAUCGGCGACGCCGCGCACCCCUUCCUGCCCACCAGCAUCCAGGGCGCCAGCCAGAGCAUCGAGGACGGGACCACCAUGGCCGUGUGCCUGGAGAUCGGCGGCAGGGACAACGUCACCGAGGCGGUCAGGACGUACGAGAAGAUCAGGUACGAGAGGGUGCACAAGGCGCAGGCCACGGGGGUCAGCACGAGGGAGAGGUGGCACAAGGCCAACUGGGACGAUAUACGGAAGAACCCAGAGAGUUUACACUUGGUCAGGGAGGAGUGGUUGCUCAAAUUCAAUGCCGAGGAGCAUGCGUAUGAGGUAUACCACGAGGUGGCGGAGAAGCUCAGGGCUGAGAGGGAGAAGGGGGUGAGUGUUAAUGGGAUUGAUGUUGCGGUUGUGGCUACGGCCGAGGGAGGUGUGAACCUAGAGGACAAAAAAGUGGUAUAAUUUGCAUGGAGGUAGUGAAAUUGAGUAUACCCCUUCUGUAUCUGUACUUUGUGGGUCAUCAAGGAUACUAGACUUAAAUCUCCAAGUGUGAGAUUCAGCACAUCUAGUAUAAACUCCAGUUUUACUUUUUAGAUGAUUUCUAAAACGC